UUUUCUAUCCAAUUUCUGUAUUAGUUUACACACAAAUAUUUAUUAUAAAUUAAAUAAAUAAUGCAUAAAACUAAAAAGAAAUCCAAAACUGCAAAAUUGCCAAAACCUAUAAAAGUGAAAAAAGAAAAAUCCGAUGAAGAUCGCUUGCCACAGCCCAUGACCCAUUACAUUGAUGAUAGGCUGGAAAUGGUCAAGCAAAUUUUCAAUACCCUUAAGCCGAAGACCAUUGUAAAUUUAGCUCCAGAAUUUUUAAAGACCCAGGCGUUGGAAGAAAUCGAAGAGGCUUGUUUAAAUGAGCUUUUGUGCAUAUCAACAAAACGUUUAAAGUCAAUUAUCACGUCCACAAAAUGCCCUACAGAUACGGAAUCUUCAGAUAAUGAUUCUGAUGUGGAGAGGCAAGAAGAACACAUUUCUUUGGAGGAAAUAUCAUCGGAUAGUGAAAUUGAAGGAUCUGGCUCAAAGAAGGUCAAAAAGAAAAAGACUUCGAAAGCUGUUGAGGAAGCAGUUGCUGGCAAAAAGGAUACACCAAAUCCAGAUAAUCCAGAAGAUGGACAAAUCAGUGUGCUGGAAUUAUUGGAAUUGCAAGCUCGGGCCAGAGCCAUUCGAUCGCAAUUGGCUCUCGAACCAGUUACUAAAAUUGAGGUUGAUUCCGAUGGAGAGAAACGUAAUAAGGAAGACAAAGGAAAAGUUUCUGAAAAGGACGGUAAAGUAAAUAAAAAUGAACGUAAGCGUCUUUCAAGUGAAAGACAAUCGAGAGAUUCGGCUAAAGUUAGUAGAACCAAUGGUACCACAGAUAACCAGGGUUCUAAGGCGCCUGCAGACCAGGAAGUCGAAAAACGGACAACAAAAAAGAUCAAACUAAAGAGGACACAUAAAACAUCCACUAAUACUGAGAAAGGUCAUGAAACUCAAGAAAAACAAGAUAGUGAGAAGAAAAAUGGUAAAUCCAAGGAAGGCAAGGAAAAAUCUAACAAAACUAAGGAAUAUCUAACAACUGAAAUCAAGAAAGAAAAGAGCAGCCGUUCACCCUCCCCAGAUGUUAUACCCAUAGUAGCAGAACCAGAGACAUUGCUUAUAACCGAUUCAUCGGAUGGUGAAGAUGAGCCAUCCAACAACAAAAUUGAUGCUGAGAAAGCUACUAAUGAAAAAUCCACAAACGAAUCCGCAACCGAACCACAAAGAGAACGCAAAAACACCGAAACUGAAGCACAAGUUAAUAAAGAUAAAGAAAAUGCUUCACCACAAAAAUCCGAUAAACCAGCAGAAAUUGUAACAGAACCUAAACCAAACAGAGUCAUAGACAAUGUCAGCCUUGAGAGUUCCACCGAAAAUACUCAAGAUUCUUCAUUUAAAAUGAGUGACAGAGAUGAUACUCAAGAUAGUAAUAUACCAGAAGAAACAAAGAGCAAUGAUUUAAAAAGUUCGAGUAAAGAAAAAUCUAAAACGGCUGAUGAGGUUUUAACAAAAAAAGCAAAUGACGAAACAAAUUCAGCAAAUCAUUCGGAUGAUGAUCAAAAUGAUGAUGUGAUUUCAUUGGGCGGUGACUUGGAAAAUGAAAUGAAUGAGCAGUUGGAAAAUGAGGUGAAUGCCAUGAAAUUGCCCCUCAACAAAAAAUCCAAAGAAGAUACUUCACAGGAUACCAAUAAUAAAUCGCAAGAUGAAAGCCAACCAGAAGAAGCCAUUUCCUUAGAAUCUAGUGAAGAUGAACAUGUAAAUGAUAAUCAGUCCUGGCAUUCUCGCUACAUGAAGAGUUCUAAAGUUAGCAAAGUCUUGGCUGCUUCACGUUUGGGCAAACGUGUUCGGGAUAAAAUCAAAAAAUCUAAACAUUCUAAGAAGGAGACUUCUCAUGAAAAUUCCGAUAUUGAAAAGGAGAAAUCUAAACCUGCAUAUAGUUCCAAGCAUGAAGAUGGUUCAAUAGAACAAUACAAAGAGCUGUUAGAAAUACGUCAGCGCAAAUCAUCACAAAAUAAUUGAAUACUAUUUGUAUAAAUAAUGCUUAAAUUAACCUUUCAUUUUAAACUUAAAUAAAUACUAAAAAACAAAUUCAAAACAAAA